AUGGAAGGUCAACUAAAAGCACUUGUCGCGGAACGCGGAGCCAUGAAGUCACGACUAACUCGUUUUAAGCGCUUUAUGGAAACAUCGUCAGACAGUAUGGAUGUAGAUGCGUUAGAAAAGAAGACAAAUUCAUACGCAGAUUUGCAUGAAAAAUUCGACAAGGUACAAUGUCAAAUCGAGGCAAUAGUAACGGGUUCGGAUGCUGAAGCAUCACAAUUCGAUGAGCGCGACGACUUUGAGGGGGCGUUUUUCCCAUUGAUAACCAGAGCGGAAAAACAUAUUUUGCAUUUACGAGGUUCAGUAACAUCUCCAAGCACAGUUUCUAGCGUUAUAGAUUCGCAAAACACUCCUAGAUUACCCACAAUCGUACUACCCACCUUUGACGGAAGAUAUGACCAUUGGGUACGAUUUCGAGACACAUUUUUGACAAUGGUCCACAAUAAUUGUUCAUUGACAGAUAUCCAACGCUUUCAUUACCUAAACUCAGCGUUAAAGGGCGUCGCUGCGCGCACGGUAGAAUCGUUGGGUGUUUCUGAAGCAAAUUAUAAACUUGCGUGGGCCAACCUAAAGAGACGGUUUGAGGAUCCAGAUUCACUGAUCCACCAUCAUGUAAACGCACUUAUAGAAAUCCCGACCAUCACACAUCAAACUAGCGUCUCAUUGCGAGAAUUCAUAGACAAGGCCAACAAUCAAUUGGUAGCAUUAGGUGCGUUGGGUGAACCGAUAGAAUCUUGGGACACAUUUAUCAUAAUUUUAUUAGCGAAAAAAUUAGAUGCAAAAACAUUCAAUGAUUGGGAUACAUUCGCGACAAACGCCUCGCGCAGGCCGAAAUUUAACGAUUUCGUCAAUUUCCUCGAAAGACAAGCGAAACGGCUCGAGCGAGCAACCACUAAUCCCCAGACAACCGCGCAGGUAGUUAACGAGGUGAAAAAGGUUCGCGUCAAUAGGGCCCCGGGCAGGUCAAAUUCCGUAGCCGUUCACGUUUCGAGUACGCGCAAUCAAUGCGUACUAUGUAAAGGUGAGCACCUGCUACAAUAUUGCACACAGUUGAAGGAAAUGUCAACUCCCGAAAGACAGGAGACAGUUAAACGCCUUCGAUCUUGCUUUAAUUGCCUCAAUCAAGGGCACGGCGUCAGCGGGUGCACGAGAGGAACGUGUAGAAAAUGUGGGAAAAGGCACCACACUCUUCUACACCAGGAUAAAACGAGCGAAACGGCCACUUCGGCAGAAUCCUCAGCUACUUCUACACCAUCGUGCGUGUCAAAUUCAGCCAGCGCCGCAUUCGAGUACACAGUGCUAUCCACAGCAGUCGUGUACAUCAAGGGAAAAAACGGUCAAAAACAUAAAUGUCGUGCGUUACUAGAUGUAGGUUCACAAGCCAAUUUUAUAACGGACGAAUUGUGCAAACGAUUAGAUCUCAAUCGCUCCGCCAUAAAAACCACUGUAGGUGGCCUCGGUAUGUCGGGAAAUUGCAUACGGUCCAGGACUAGCGUCGCGAUCAGUUCAAUGUGUAAUAAUUUUCGCGCAGACCUCUCGUGUCUUGUAAUAGACAACAUCACGGAGGAUAUGCCUAAUUUACCAACAAAUCUCACGAAGGUGGCCAUACCAGCCAGUGUUACGCCCGCCGAUCCGCACUUCGAUCGACAAUCUAGAAUCGAUUUGUUAAUCGGAGCCGGUCUAUUUUGGAAGUUACUUUGUAUUGGGCAACACAAAGUAGAGUCAAGCGAUUUAGUGUGGCAAAAGACACGCUUGGGUUGGGUGCUGGGCGGCAGCUUCAACUGGUCCAUUACCACUCACAAGCAAACCAACAGUACCUGCCACACAGUAACGAACGCAGACUUGAACAAAACAAUUUCUCAAUUCUGGGAAAUUGAAGAAAUUCAACCCUCAUUCACAUCAAAUUCAAAUAGCUCAACCGACCCCAGCGAGGUACAUUUUGACCACACGACAACACGGGACGAAACUGGACGAUACACAGUUAGCAUUCCGUUUAACAACAAACUAGACGAACUUGGACAGUCACGCACUCAGGCUAAAAAUCGGCUGCUGGGUGUGGAACGUAGAUUUUUAAAGGACCACGAACUUCAAAGACAGUACACUGACUUCAUGACUGAAUACGAAGCACUGGGACACAUGACGCGACUGACAGAUCAUGAAUCAGUAAAUGCAGAACCAAGUUAUUACUUACCGCACCACGCGGUUUUCAAACAAUCAAGCAGUACCACAAAAAUUCGAGUCGUCUUCGACGGUUCGGCGAAGAGUUCAUCUGGAGUCUCCUUGAAUGACACACAACUCGUAGGGCCCACUGUACAAAGUGAUCUUUUUGAAAUUCUCAUCCGGUUUCGCAAACACCGCCUCGUACUUUCUGCGGACAUCGCAAAAAUGUACAGACAAGUGUUAGUGCACCCAGAAAAUCGCCGGUUUCAACGAAUUUUGUGGCGCGCCAAUACUAACGACUCCAUCCAUACCUUCGAAUUGAAUACCGUCACUUACGGCACUGCAUCAGCUCCAUUCUUAGCGACGCGUGUACUUAGACAAAUCGGCCUCGAUCACGCUCAAUCGUUUCCAACAGCAAGUCGUACUAUCGUCAACGACUUCUACGUUGACGAUCUACUUACCGGCUGUGAAACUAUUUCGGAAGCAAUAGAAUUACGACGCGACUUGACCCGAAUAUUAGAGCAGGCAGGAUUUUCAUUAAUAAAAUGGGCAAGCAACAAUAGCAACGCGUUAGAGUCAUUAAAUAGCGUGCAAGGGGCGGUUGAAAUCAAAGAAGCCGAUCAGGAUACGAAAACCCUCGGACUGUUGUGGAUAGCCGAUGCAGAUGAACUGCACUACUCAAUUCGCGACCACCAUCUAAAGCGCAUCACGAAGCGCAGUAUUCUCUCUGAGAUCGCGCAAAUUUUCGACCCUCUUGGAUUGAUAGGACCGGUAGUCACACGGGCAAAAUUGUUCAUGCAAAAUCUAUGGCAAUUAAGGGUGAACUGGGACGAAACUUUGCCGCAAGAUCUCCACACACAGUGGUCCACUUUCCGUGAACAAUUGCAAAGUAUUACCUCAAUAAUUAUACCCCGCCGCGUAAUUAGUGAUAAUAUGGAUUACGUUGAGCUCCAUGCUUUUUCGGAUGCCUCGGAAAGGGCCUACGGAGGGUGCGUAUACCUGCGUACGGUAGACGCGACAGGGGAUGCGACAGUCCGAUUGUUGUGCGCAAAGUCGCGGGUAGCACCGCUGAAGUCAACGACCCUACCGCGAUUAGAACUGUGUGGCGCUCUUCUGGCUUCGCAAUUGGCAGCCAGGGUCAAGUGCAUAUUUCAAAUGGACUUCGCCGAAGAACACUAUUGGUCAGACUCGACGAUAGUUUUAGCAUGGCUCGGGAGCCCCCCAACAAAAUGGACAAGAUUCGUCGCGAAUAGAGUAUCGGAAAUUCAGGGACUAACGGCUUCCGGUAGCUGGAAUUGCAUAAAUUUCAACAUUGGAACUGCUGAUAUGUGCCGAUAUACGUAUACUGUUUCAAGUACGAAUGAUUAA